AUGGCGCCAGAUCAGCGUACGCAAUGGAGAGAGUACAGCGACCUCGAAGUUGUCCCUGGAUUCCGGCCACGUCAACCUAUGCAUGGUGAAGGCCUCGAGGUCUACGAAUACGGCGAUCUAGAAGUCUCUCAUCAUGCAGAUCCGACAGCGAAGCUUGGGAAGAUCAUCAGCCCCGUUGGUGACCCGAAGACUCUGGAAGGAAAGAUAUUGAGCACGACCGAGUUGAGAGAGCGCACUCUUCCCCUUUUGCCACCCGCGACAAUCUGGGGGUUUCCUCGAAAAACAUUUUGGAUUCUCAGCGGCGUUAUAGCUUUCAGCAUAAUUGCGAUCGCGGUAGGAGGAGGUGUGGGAGGUUAUUUCGGCUCCCAGAACAACUCGUCGUCAUCUUCCUCGACCGGCGCCUCGCAGUACCAAAACUUGAGCAUCACAGCCCUUCACUGGGUUGAUGGAGCUACGAUUGGCCACUACCGUGUCUACUAUCAGCCUCCGAAUGCAACACAUAUCUUGGAGUCAUCAUGGAGUACCGAUAAGACGAAUUGGACAGUAUCGUAUAUCACUGAAGAAGACGAGAAUAUCAAGGAUCAUUCCCCGUUGACCUCAGCAGCUGGAUACCCGCACACUAAUGUGACCAACGAUUUGGUGAAAAGCGUAUUCUACCUCAAAAACGAAGAUGAGAUUGUCGAGCAACAAAAUCCAUACAAAGAAAAUCUUAAUGCAUGGGGCCAUGAUAAUCUGAGCGGGCUCUAUAAAACCUCUAAUAUCUCCUCGGUCAUGUCAUAUUGGUACCAGAAUUUUGACACUCGAAUUCAGAUUCUGGCUCUUUUUUUCCAAGAACUGGGAGCCAAUUCCCUCAGCGUCGCCAGAUAUAUUGAGAACAAAACGGACAGUAGGCCAUGGGUUAAAGCGCAGCAGAGCGUCCCAGUCCAGGAUGGAACCUCGGUUGCUGUUGCGCCUGUAGGAAGCAGACGCGACUUGAGGCUGUAUGUUGGCGGGACGGAUGGGACUCUAAAGCAGUAUCCAUACGACAUCCAGACGAAUGAACUAGGGGAUGUAACAAACACGGUUUACGAACUGGCACCGCGAACACCUAUAUGUGUCACCACCGAGGAUAACCGAAACUACUUCACGGUCCAAACUCUGCCCGAAUGCGCACAAACAAACACUGGCGCUUUCAUCACCCAUCUUAUUCUCUUUGCUUCCACCGAUCGUAAAAAUUUGACUCUGGUCUCUUGGAAUUGCUCGAGCGGAUUCUCGGACGAGACUCGGCGUAUCCAGAAAUUGAUGAAGCCAAAUCGCGAGUAUCUUGGUCUUACGACGACAUCAGCAUCCAACCUAACGUUCGAAGAUGAUCGCGUGUAUGUUUUAUAUGAUGGUGGUAAUGGCCCGGAGGCAGAGGAGUGGCAGAUUCCUACCAGUGGAGGCAAGAACACAACUGGGCAGAACGGAGAAUGGAAACUUCUUAGUGAGGUUCCUCUUACUACAUAA